UUAAAUUGUCUUCACAACUAGAAGUGACCAAAACAAUCUCACCAUCAUGUCUUGGACAUGGACUUCGCUUGCACUUGUAGCUCUUGUCUUCUUCCUCCAAGCGUUUCCCUGGAAAAAAGACUCAAAAACUAAGAGACUACCUCCAGGUCCGAGAGGGUUCCCAAUUUUUGGAAGCCUUCAUUUGUUGGGAAAGUUUCCUCACAAAGAUUUUCAUAAACUUGCCAAAAAAUAUGGCUCCAUCAUGUUCUUACGUUUAGGCUCGAUUCCUACUAUUGUUGUUUCAUCACCUCACGCUGCUGAGCAGUUCCUGAAAACUCAAGACCUUGUUUUUGCCAGCAGGCCUCCUGUUGAAGCUGCAAAACACAUAGGUUAUAGGCAAAAGAACUUGUCCUUUUCGCCUUAUGGAUCUUAUUGGCGAGCCAUGCGCAAGAUUUGCACCCUGGAACUUCUUAGCAGUGCUAAGAUUAGUUCUUUCAGGGCCAUGAGAAAAGAAGAGCUGUAUCUCUGAUUGAGCACAUAAAAGAGGUUGCUGCUGCCGGUGUUGCGGUUGAUCUAAGUGAAAAUGUCUCAUCUCACAGUUCAGUUCUGACUUGUAGAAUGGUGUUUGGGAAGAAAUAUGCGGUGUCGAGCUUG